CCCAGCAAGAGAAGAGAGUAGAUCACCUCCACAGACUACCCAUGCUGACAGACACACUAUCCGAAACGCCUAUUCACUCCUGUGGACAUUAAACUCUGCAGCUCCGGACAGGAUGGAUUUUUUAGACCGCGGUUACCUGGAAGCGCGGUCCCCGUAUGAUUACACCUUUAAUUUCUGGAACGACUACCUCGGCCUGUCGACACUUGUCGCCAACAAUAAGAUCAACAGCCCGUCCUGCAGCCCCAACUCUAUAACCGAGUCUCUUAAAGCGACCCUGGGCUUGGAGGACGAUUCCCCGGUUUGCUCCUGCGUAAUUGGGCACGGCAGGGACAGCGACGGACACUUGGACUGCUGCUGCGCGGCCCCGGGCUCCCCGCCGAUCUCCAUCUAUGAUCUCAAGGAGCGCAUCUCGCUUCUCAGGCCGUACGAACAGCUUGCUGGGGAUUCGCCUCUGGGAGACAGAGAUUCACCCUCCUAUAGGGGAAGCUUCGCCGGCCUCGACCUGCUCUCCAUGGACAGAAGGCGCAAACAGACUCAGAGGGGCAAACCGGAGCCGAAGGUGUGCGUCUUCUGUCGGAAUAACGGCGCGCCGGAGGAAGUUUAUGGCACCCAUAUCCUGAAGACAGCGGACGGCAGAGUCCUGUGCCCCAUCCUGCGGGCAUACACCUGCCCCCUCUGCAGUGCCAACGGCGACAAUGCGCACACCAUCAAGUACUGCCCGCUUUCUAAAGACCAGGCGAGCCAGAGAGUGGCAAAGGGAAGCAGAGUGGUUGGCAAGAGGCUGAAAAUCUUCUGAGCCAGGAGAUAAAUGAAGUUUGAGUUGCACUGUAAAUUACUAGUGUGUAUGGCAGUUGACCCAUUUCAUGCACAAGACAAGUCUGGAGAGAGAAAGAUUUUACGAAAAUUAUUUUUUUUUUUUGUAUGUGUCACUGCUUCAUUUGUAAUGUUUUCGUCUCUCUUGUAACUCUAUGGGCACAUAGUUUACACUUGGACGCAUUGCGCGCAAUAUUCCCCCCGCAGCAGCACUCUUAAGGACUUUGUGAUCAAAAUGAACCAAAGUACUGUACAGAUCGACCUGUGAAUGACCACCUUCAUGCUGUAAUCAGAAGUUGCUGUGUUUUUUAAGAAGCACAGUGCCAGUGCAAACAGCCCCUGAGCAUGUCAGCGGGCCUGCUCUGGCUUCAUGAGAAUGCCAACAUAAAUGAAUAUGCAGCACUCCUGAUAUGAGAUGAAUGUUUAGUCACAUAGUUCACUGGCUCAUGGAUGUAAGAAAAGUCUGACAGGCCAUGCAAGAUGCAAGAUAUACUACUUUAUAUCAAGCACAUUUGUUUUGUUUUUUCCUGAGAUAAAUGUUUUCUACCAAAGGAAUACAACUUUUGUAUUGAAACUUAGCCUAAAGGUCAUUUCUGUAUUGUUUAUAUGUUGGAUGUCUUAUAUUCUUUCAUGUGAUUUUUAUGUGGAUAGUAUUUUACAGAUUUGAAUGUAACGAACGUAGAUAUGACAUGCAGUUCACCUACAUGUACCUUCAAAGUAGCUCCAAGCUCUAUUAUUUUGAGUUUACUCUCAUUAGUUUAAAAAAAACCACACAGAUGCUGAAUUGACUUUUUUCAAGCGGAGAUGUAUUCCUGCAAUUCUUGUAAAUGUAUUAAAGGGGGUUGAACAAUUUUAGCAAUGAAAAAGCCUGACAUUCCAAAGUCUUUAUCUGUCAAUAGAAAUGUUUUAUGUACUUAUUUUUACCUUAUGUAUCACUGGGAAAUAUAUUCGCUGUAAAUGACCUCUGAAUAAACAUGUAA